UGACAGGAAGCAACCCAAGAAGAAAUUGUUUGACUAACAAAUCGUGAGAUUGCAGAUUAGUUUUCAUCAACUGGAAGCAGAGAUCAAAGAAGAACGGACACGAAGUCAAACAAGAACCCAACCAAAAACCCUUUUGAGGAAACCGAAACAAGAGGAAAGUUGCGAAACGACAGCCGAUCUCAGCUUGUUGGGCCACGUAGGAUUCGGGAAAACUUUUGAUCUAAACGGAUGAGGCCGUCCUUGCUUACGUAUCCCUCGAGCUGCUAGCCGUUGGAUUUGUCCUUUCUUUCUUACAUGACCCGAAGCUUGAGGCCCGAAGCCUGACGCCCGCAAGAACACGACCCGAUAAAAUUUAUCAGACAAAGGGCAAGCAAAAACCCCCAGUCCAACAUGGAUAAACCCUACAACAUUUGAAACGAAACAAUGGCAUCACUUCUUCAACUCCCUCACUCUUUCUCACUGUUCUUGAACCCUCCGAACCCAAAGAUUCAGUUUUUAAAUUCUCCCAGAACUGUAGGCUUACCAAGAGCUUCAGUGGAAACAAAUGAAGCCGUUGAAUCUCCAAAGCCAACUCGCCGAGGCAGGAAAAAGAAACCAACUUCGUCUUCCCCAGCAACGAAAACAAGGCGCACGAGAAAAACCCAGAAUGAAAAUGGCUCUAUUGAAUCUGAAAGCCAGGGAGAAGAAGAGGAGCUAGGAGAUUUCGACGAUGGCAUGGAUUUUCUGUACGAGGAACCUCCGUUGAUCUGCUGCUUCGGCGCUGCACAAAAGGAGUUCGUACCCACAGUUAGAGUGAACGAAGAGAAGAUGCACCCGGAUAAAUACUCCCACUGGAAAAUGCUACAGUGGGACCCUCCGGAGUUCGGGAGGGCGCCAGGUGGGCCACCAUCCAACGUGGCAAUAUCACACGUGAGGCUUGGAGGGAGAGCUGCUUUUAUGGGGAAAGUUGGGGACGAUGAGUAUGGGGAUGAGCUUGUCUUGAUGAUGAAUAAAGAGAAAGUGCAAACGAGAGGUGUUAAGUUUGAUGAGAAUGUUAAGACUGGGUGUACUUACAUGAAGGUUAAGUUUGAUGAGAAAGGAAGGUUGAAGAUGGAGACUGUUAAAGAAUCUGCUGAAGACUCUCUUCUUAGCUCCGAAUUGAAUCUUGCUGUUCUCAAAGAGACUAGAAUUUUCCACUUCAAUUCAGAGGUUUUAACAUCUCCUUCCAUGCAAUCUACACUUUUCAAAGCAAUUGCAUGGUCUAAGAAGUUUGGGGGGCUUAUAUUUUUUGAUUUGAAUUUGCCAUUACUUUUGUGGAGAUCACGUGAUGAAACGAGGGAGGUGAUCAAGGAAGCCUGGAACAAAGCAGACAUCAUUGAGGUUUCAAGGCAAGAGCUGGAAUUUCUUCUGGAUGAAGAGUAUUAUGAGAGGAAGAGAAAUUACAGGCCUCAAUACUAUGCUGAAAGUUUUGACCAAACCAAGAAUCGGCGAGACUGCUAUCAUUAUACCCGUGAGGAAAUCUCUCCGUUGUGGCAUGAUGGACUUAAAUAUCUGUUUGUGACUGAUGGAACACUUAGGAUACAUUACUAUACACCUUCAUUUGAUGGUGUGGUUGUUGGAACAGAGGAUGUGCUAAUAACACCAUUCACUUGUGAUCGAACUGGCUCUGGUGAUGCUGUUGUGGCUGGUAUUAUGAGGAAGCUGACCACUUACCCUGAGAUGUUUGAAAAUCAAGAUACCUUAGAGAGGCAGCUACGCUUUGCAAUUGCAGCAGGUAUUAUAUCGCAGUGGACAAUUGGUGCUGUGAGAGGUUUUCCUACUGAGAGUGCUACACAAAAUCUGAAAGAACAGGUUUAUGUACCUUCAAUGUGGUAGUUGAGAGCCAGAGAACAUGACAGCACAAUUUUACUAUUUCUGUGGACAGAAUGCAAGGUUUUGUAUCUGAUGAACAUGGAUAAGAAUCCCUGAAAGAGGUAAAGGCUGCAUGUAAUGUGCACGGCUUAGCAUGGCUGAGUUCAAUUCAUUCCAUCUUGAUUGGCUCUUUCGAUGGGCAAGCCAUUGAUACUCGUAGAAGUGUAGGUGAGGGCUAGAUUGAACAAUAUAUUCUUCUAAUUGAAUUGUAUCAAUCAGCAAUUCUCCAUCAGUUUAUGAUCCAACAUUUAGCAAAAUCAUGUUCACCCCAUUGUUUCAGACAUUGGAAAAUAAUGUAUUGUUUGAAUCCUUAAUGAAAGCAAGUUUCCAGUGAA